AUGAUGACUGAUACUCAAGGGAGGCUCAGAGACGUCACGCGAAUGUUUGCUGAUUUUCAGCUCAAAAAGAAGAAGUCAAGCGUCCAGGGUCGGACAAUAGACAAAGAUAUCACGAAAACUGAAGAUGCUGAGGGUGCUUAUGAAGAUAUCCAGGCCAGUCCUACACCAAAAAGCAAGAGUGCAAGCACUCGUUCAUCGGUCAGAAGCAUUAUGAAGGGUGGAGUCCAGUCUGAAGACGCCCAGGCUACUUCCACACCAAAAAGCAAGAAGCAAAGUACUCGUUCUUCGGCCAGAGGCAAUUUGAAAGGUGAAACCCCCUCUGGAAAAAACAAGAAGUCCCAAACGGAUUCAAAACGAGUACGUUUUCAUAAAUGA